CUCAAGGCCACUACUAUUAAUAUCCAUCCCUCUUUGCUAAGAGACCAAACGACACCGCUUCGAAGCCAUUCUCUCUCUUUCUCUGAAAACCCUAAUUUCCAUUCUCAGAUAUUCACAAAUGGGGAAGACUAGUUCACUAUCGGAACAGUCGACCCAUGCGGAUCGCAAAUUUGAGAAGAAACUCCAGUUCUAUGCUAAGGUUAGAGAUACGGUUGCUUCAUUAGGUGCCCAAAAGGCUAUCGGCAAGAAGAAAAAAGUCAGAAGCCGAAAAAAGAAAUUGAAAGCAUAUGAUCUUACAACUCUCUCUGAGUUCCUUCCUGACUUGAAGGCUCCAAUGCAACCGGCUCCAACUGAGUUUAAACUGAAUAGCAAAUCCAGGCAGAAUCUAGUACUGAAGGAAGCAAAUCAGUUAAAGACAGUUCUUGACCAUCCUGCCUUCCAAUCGGACCCAUUGGCUGCCAUUCAUCAACACUUGCAGAGCACUCAACCUGUUACCGACGUGACACCAGGAAGAAAGAAUGUCAAAAGUGAGAGGAAGAAGAAGGCGAAGAAGAAAAAGCCUAAAAUUUCAGCUGGGCCUCAAUCUAUGGAGAUCUGAUUUUGUUUGUGGCUUUCAUUAACCAUGCUGGUCCAUGGAUGAUCCUCAACCAUUUCAUUACUCGAUUUUGAAUAUGUUUCUGCCCCAUAUCUUGACAUCAAGGAUGCCUUGAUAGUAGAUAAUCAGUAUGCCCCAACUUUUGGAGUUUUUUUUUUGGGUGGUUUAUUCAAUGCAUCAAAAACAUAUAGGCUGUUUUUGGGAAGUUCUCAAAGCUAUACAAAUUUGGGAAGUCCUCAAAGCUGUACAAGUCAGAUAUUUGAACCCGGGGUUAGCAUCUUAAGAGUACGAAUGUGAUGUAAGGUGGCCAUUAUGGAUCGUGGUUAAUGUAAGAAGGAUCAUGCUAAUAGAAUGUUUGCCUUCUUAGCUA